UCAAAUUUUAACAACAAAAUAUUUUGGCACAUUCAACUUUUAUGAUCUUUCGAUCUCACACACGGCAAAAUGACGACUAGAGAUGCCAAAGAGUAUAUGAACAAAUUAGAAAUACCACAGCUUUUUGAAAGUAUGCUUACUGGUUUGCUGUACAACAAACCAGAUGACCACUUGCAAUUUCUUGGAGACUGUAUCAAUUCUGCAAAACAAAUUCCCAACCUAAAAUGGGACAGUUUUCUUGACCAUAGCAAGAAACCAUUGCCUGCCAUCCCAAGAGCGUCAGAUGGUCCAAUUCGAUCAGAAAGUUUUGGCCUCUCAGAUGAGCCAGUGUUCCCAACAUUUAAAACUGAGCCAGUACUUGAAAUGAAACUUCAAACAAAACUUCCAGCUAUCAGGAAAGACAGUGAAGAUGAUGUACCAGUAGAAAGCAAUCACAUUUCUUAUGAACAGACUGUAAAUGAGCAUUUUCUUAAUGGAGAAAGUGGACUUCAAUUUAAGGAAAAUCAAUUUACAAACCAGACUGUUAUUUUUGUGCUUGGUGGACCAGGAUCAGGCAAGGGAACACAAUGUGAAAAGAUUGUGAAGCAUUUUGGGCUAACACAUCUGUCUGCCGGUGAGCUUUUAAGGGAGGAAGUUGCAAGAAAUACUGGAAGGGCUGCCUUGAUCGCUGAGUUUAUUAAAGAAGGAAAAAUUGUUCCUCAGGAAAUUACUAUUGAACUCCUGAAAGAUGCUAUGUUGAAACAUUCUGAGAGUCCAGGAUUUCUAAUUGAUGGUUUUCCACGAGAGGUUGAUCAAGGAAGCCAGUUUGAAAAUGAGGUGACUAAAUGCGACUUUGUGUUGUUCUUUGAAUGUUCUGAAGAAGUGAUGGAGGAUCGUCUUUUAAAACGUGGUGAAACCAGCGGUAGAACAGAUGAUAAUGCUGACACAAUUAAAAAACGAUUUGACACUUUUAUUGGAAAAACUUUGCCUGUUGUUCAACAUUAUGAAACAAUUGAUAAACUUAAGAAGGUCGACGCUUGUCGUGAUGUUGACGAUGUUUUCCAAUCAGUUUGUGAAAUUUUCAACGCAGAAAAGAUUUUGCCAAAGAAAGAACGGAUAUCAAGUGAUGAAGCUGUAGACGAUUCUUCCCAAAAUUUCAGAGGACAAAGGAUACUUUUUGUACUAGGGGGUCCAGGGUCAGGUAAAGGCACUCAAUGCGAGAAGAUAGUGGAGAAAUUUGGUUAUACACAUCUCUCUACUGGCGACUUAUUGCGGGUUGAAGUCGAGAAAGAUACAGAGAGAGCCAGAAUGAUGAAUGAGAUGAUGAAAGAAGGAAAACUAGUCCCGCAAACAAUCAUUGUCGAGUUAUUGAGAGACGCAAUGCUGGAACAUCCCGACAGUCCAGGAUUUCUCAUUGAUGGUUUUCCAAGAGAAUUGGGUCAAGCUAAACAGUUUGAAAACGAGCUCGCGCUUUGUGACCGGGUGGUGUUUUUCGAAUGCUCUGAGGAAGUGAUGGAAGAAAGAUUAUUGAAACGAGGCGAAACAAGUGGACGGACCGACGAUAAUUCAGAAACAAUCAAAAAAAGGUUUCAAACCUAUAUUGAGAAGACGUUGCCAGUCAUUGAACAUUAUGAAACACUUGAUAAAGUCAAAAAGAUCGAUGCUACACGUGAUGUGGAUGAAGUUUUCCAAGAUGUUUGUUCAAUGUUUGACGAACUAGCAAGACCUUUGCCUGGCUUUGACAAGAAUGAAACUGGUGGCGUUGCAAGUGACCGAUUAAAAGUGGCAAGUGAUCCUGAACACGCGGAUACAAACAUCAAGGACGCCGUAACAGAUCUGCUUGCCCACAUGGAGAAAUAUGAAGAAAAAGAGGGAGGUGGUGAAGUGGAGAACAAGGGUGAAUAUGUUGCUAACAAGACUGAGCAACUCGUGGUUGAGCCUAUAAUCACCGCUGAAGAACUGGUGCCUUUGGGAACUUUGACAACAUCCUUACCGACUGAGAAGAGCUUGUUGGACGCUCGCAUUGUUUUUGUUAUUGGUGGUCCUGGGUGUGGAAAAGGGACACAAUGUGCGAAAAUUGUUGAGGAAUUCCAUUAUACCCACUUAUCCACCGGUGACCUGUUAAGAUCUGAAGUGUCCUCAGGUUCCGAACGAGGUCAGAAAUUAAACACUAUAAUGGAGAAAGGAGAACUCGUGCCCAUGGAAACUGUUCUGGAACUUCUAAGGGAUGCAAUAAUAAAGCAACCGAACACAAAUGGAUUUCUCAUCGAUGGUUUUCCCAGAGAAAUGGAGCAGGCAGUCCAGUUUGAAAACGAGAUUGCUUUAUGCGAGCGUGCUCUGUACUUUGAGUGUUCUGCGGAGACAAUGACAGCAAGAUUAUUAAAGCGAGCUGAGAGCAGUGGUCGUGUUGACGACAAUGAAGAAACUAUCAAGAAACGUCUGGAGACAUUUUUUGAACAGACUUUACCUGUUGUAGAACAUUUCGAAGAGAAGGGAACUUUACACAAGAUUCCAGCUGAAGGAAACGCUGAUGAAAUUUUUGUUCAAGUCAAAGAGAUUUUUGAUGGUCUCCCGCAACGUGAAUAAACCAAAUAUGGUUGCAUGUAAGUGGAUAGAAAAGGCAACUUAAGGUACACCAAAUUAUUCAGUUUUUAAAUAUACAAUGCACAACAUAAAAGCGAAGACGUUAGCCUGUAACAUUGUAGCCUGCCAGAAAAUACGGGACGGCACAAGCUUCCGUUCGCCAAUUCACAGCCUAUAUAUACUGGGAAUGAUUUCUGAAAGUCCAUCAUGACGUCUGAGAGCAUCAUUUCAAGGCGUAAUCACCGUAAUGCUUUGCAUGGAAUUCGUUUGGCACACCAGUUCAUGUCAUAAUUGAAUAAACACUUCGCCAAACAGUUAUACCCAUUGAAAAGUUCCAUAGAUUUUCACGAAAAAGCCUGGGUAUGAAUUUGCGUCUUACCGCUUGUAUAUAUAACAUAACUUAACUAUACCAUACAUACCACGUGCACUCUUAGUCUUGCUCCACAUCAUUGAUAUAGGAACCUAGUUGUGAUAAAAUAUGCAUGGUCGUGUAUAUACCGCGCAAUGGGGGGCUCACCGAAGCCAAGAACCUUCCCAAACAUUUUAAUAUGCGAGUAUGACGAAUUCUAUCAAUUACACCACUCAUUGAUUAUUAUAAUUUAUGUUAACUGUUGAAUCUCAAUAUAUGUAUAUAAUAUUACACGCAAUCUAGAAGUAGUCGUUUUGCUGAACAAGAAAUACGAGUU